UUGCCAAAUUUCGCUACGCCGCGACGCAUUGCAUCGCUAUGUCAUGCAGAGUACUUUUCCGGGGUUCUCUGCAAACUCCAUGUGCAUCGCUCCCGCCGCCGCCAUCGCCGGCUUUCUCUCGUGCAUCGAGCAGUGCCUCGCCACCAGAAACCUCAAGCUCAGUGUCUGCCUCCACGCUGGCCUCAUCAAGUCCGCCUUCAACCGCCACACUCUCCUCGGCAACCGCCUCGUCGAGCUCUACUCCAAGUUCCGAUCCCUCCGCUGCGCAGAAUCCGCCUUCCACGACCUCCCCUUCAAGAACCACCAAUCCUACAACAUCAUGUUGGCUGCUUAUUGUCGUACCGGUCGCAUCGACCUUGCACACCAACUGUUCGAUCGAUUACCUGACCAACACCUCGUUAGUUAUAACACCAUGAUUCUGAGCCUAGCACGGCAAGGCUUUCAUAGACAGGCUCUUGAUCUCUUCCGCCGUAUGCUAAAGCACUUUGUCGUCAUGGAUGAGUUCACAGUUGUUAGCGUUUGCGCUGCCUGUACCGGGCUGGGUUUCUUGAAAUCUCUCCGGCAGUUGCAUGCAUCCGUCAUUGUUUCUGGACUUGAAUUCAAUCUUAUAAUGUCAAAUGUCAUGAUCGAUUCGUAUGGGAAGUGUGGAGAUGUCGACUCGUCUCAGCACGUGUUUGAUCAAAUGGAAAGGAGGGAUGUUGUUACUUGGACUUCAUUGGUUGCAGCUUACACUUCAGCACGUAGACUUCAAGAGGCUCGGGCAGUAUUUUUUAGCAUGCCAGAGCGUAAUACUGUUUCCUGGACAUCGUUGAUUUCUGGGUAUGAGCAGAACAAGGAGGAGGAGGCAGCACUGGAGCUCUUCGAGCAGAUGAUGGCGAAAGGGGUUGUUCCAAAUCCAUUCACAGUGGUGUCUGUUUUGAGUGCUUGUGCAAGUUUAGGAUUCACUGAGCGAGGAAGACAAGUGCAUGGGUUUAUUUUUCGAAGGUGCAUAGGUUUGGACACCUUCAAUGUCUUUGUUUCCAAUGCCCUGAUUGACAUGUAUGCUAAGUGUGGGAAUAUGGUCUCAGCUGCUUCAUUGUUCCACUGGAUGCCCAAACAUGAUAUUGUUUCAUGGAAUUCGAUUAUAACAGGCUAUGCACAGAAUGGACAUGGAAAGCAAUCGCUUGAUGUCUUUGAAAAGAUGGUGACAGAGGGUGUAAGACCAAAUCAUGUUACAUUCUUGGGGGUUCUUUCUGCUUGUAGCCAUGCAGGGUUUGUCUCAGAGGGAUGUCGGAUACUAUGUUUGAUGGAGAAAGAAUAUGGUGUCUGCCCUAGGGAUGAACAUUUUGCCGCCUUCAUUGAUGCGCUUGGGCGCAAAUGUCAAAUCAAAGAAGCCAUGGACUUCAUAGAGUGUCUAUCUUGUGAAUUUGUUCCAGCAAGUGUAGCGACAUGGGGAGCACUCCUUGGAGCAUGCCGAGUGCAUGGGAACUUGGAAAUUGCAAAGAGAGCUGCUGAGUCACUCUUUAUGUUAGAUCCUAAAAAUGGAGCUAGAUAUACUCUGUUAUCCAACGUCUAUGCUGCAGCUGGCUUGUGGGAUGAUGCUCGACGGAUCAAAGUGCUCAUGAAGGAAAAAGGAUUGAAGAAGGAUCCAGGUUACAGUUGGCUAGAGUUGAGGAAUGGAAAGCACAUGUUUGUAGCUCGUGAUACAUCACAUUAUGAGACAGAGGAUAUUUACAGGUUGCUUGCUACUCUGGUUGAUCAUAUCAAAGAUGAAAGAGUAAUAGUAGUAGAAUGAAGAAAUGCCAGAUUGCUGUUGGCAAUGUAAAGAAUACAUCAAUUCAUCAGUUCUUCUCAAUAAAAAUUAGUUUAUGCCAUGCUGUAGCUACUUGAAGCAAUUUCUACUGGUGCUAUGUUGUAAGUCUUGACCUUGAACACUAUCCCGUAUCAUCAGGUACGGGAUGUAUAAGCUCUCUAUUUCCAUGUUUAUGAUGAUAAUGCAAUAUCGAGUGCUUU